GGCCCGGCUGGCCGCAGACGGGGCCUGGCCGGCCGCACCGGGCGCUGCAAGCCCGCGGGCGUCGGGAGGCCUCAGCGCUGCCGCGGGCCCGCGGCCGGUCCCGGGUUGCGACCGGGCCGGGCCGAAAAGACAGCGGCACCAUGUUCUCCCUGAAGCCGCCCAGACCCACCUUCAGGUCCUACCUCCUGCCGCCGCCCCAGACUGAUGAUAAGAUUAAUUCAGAACCGAAGAUUAAAAAACUGGAGCCAGUGCUUUUGCCAGGAGAAAUUGUUGUAAAUGAAGUCAAUUUUGUGAGAAAAUGCAUUGCAACGGACACAAGUCAAUACGAUUUGUGGGGAAAGCUGAUAUGCAGUAACUUCAAAAUUUCCUUUAUUACGGAUGACCCAAUGCCGUUACAGAAAUUCCAUUACAGAAACCUCCUUCUUGGUGAACAUGAUGUUGCUUUAACAUGUAUUGAGCAAAUUGUCACAGUAAAUGACCACAAGAGGAAGCAGAAAGUCCUAGGCCCCAACCAGAAACUGAAAUUUAAUCCAACAGAGUUAAUUAUUUACUGUAAAGAUUUCAGAAUUGUCAGAUUUCGCUUUGAUGAAUCAGGUCCUGAAAGUGCCAAAAAGGUAUGCCUUGCAAUAGCUCAUUAUUCCCAGCCAACAGACCUCCAGCUACUCUUUGCAUUUGAAUAUGUUGGGAAAAAAUACCACAAUUCAGCCAGUGCAGUUAACGGAAUACCGCCGGGAGGUGGCAGCACUCAGAGAACGCCACUCUUUGAAACGUAUUCAGACUGGGACAGAGAAAUCAAGAGGACAGGUGCUUCUGGAUGGAGAGUUUGUUCUAUUAACGAGGGUUACAUGAUAUCCACUUGCCUUCCAGAAUACUUUGUAGUGCCAAGUUCUUUAGCAGACCAAGAUCUAAAGAUCUUUUCCCAUUCUUUUGUUGGAAGAAGGAUGCCACUCUGGUGCUGGAGCCAUUCUAAAGGCAGUGCUCUUGUGCGAAUGGCCCUUAUAAAAGACCCUCUGCAGCAGAGGAAGAUAGACCAAAGGAUUUGUAAUGCAAUAACUAAAAGUCAUCCACAAAGAAGUGAUGUUUGCAAAUCAGAUUUGGAUAAGACCUUGCCCAAUAUCCAAGAAAUACAGGUGGCUUUUGUAAAACUGAAACAACUAUGUGUUAAUGAGCCUUUUGAAGAAACUGAAGAGAAAUGGUUAUCUUCACUGGAAAAUACUCGAUGGUUAGAAUAUGUAAGGGAAUUCCUCAAACAUUCAGCAGAACUUGUGUACAUGCUAGAAAGCAAGCAUCUCUCUGUAGUCCUACAAGAGGAGGAGGGAAGAGACUUGAGCUGUAUCGUGGCUUCUCUUGUUCAAGUGAUGCUGGAUCCCUAUUUUAGGACAAUCACUGGAUUUCAGAGUCUGAUACAGAAGGAGUGGGUCAUGGCAGGAUAUCAGUUCCUAGACAGAUGCAACCACUUAAAGAGAUCAGAGAAAGAGUCUCCCUUAUUUUUGCUGUUCUUGGAUGCCACGUGGCAGCUGUUAGAACAGUAUCCAGCGGCUUUCGAGUUCUCUGAGACCUACUUAGCAGUGCUGUGUGACAGCACCAGGCUGUCCCUGUUUGGCACCUUCCUGUUCAACUCCCCUCACCAGCGGGUGACACAAAGCACGGAAUUUGCUAUAAGCAAAAAUAUCCAAUUGGGUGAAGAAAAGGGUUUAAAAUUCCCUUCGGUUUGGGACUGGUCUCUUCAGUUCACAGCAAAGGAUCGCACCCUUUUCCAUAACCCCUUGUACGUUGGAAAGAGCACGCCUUGCAUACAAAACAGUUCUACGAAAUCUUUUAAAUGGACAAAGAAAAGCUACAGUUCCACACUGAGAGGCAUGCCAGCUUCCUUAAAGAAUGGAAUCAUCAGUGAACAAGAAUUACUUCCGAGGAGAAAUUCAUUAAUAUUAAAAGUAAAGCCAGACCCUCCUCAGCAAACUGCCAGCCAGAACAGUGGCAUAGAGCAGUAUUUCAGAGAAUGGUUUUCCAAACCAGUCGACCUGCAUGGUAUUAUUCUGCCUCACGUCUCUGGAACACACAUAAAACUCUGGAAACUCUGCUAUUUCCGCUGGGUUCCUGAGGCCCAGAUAAACCUUGGGGGCGUCAUCACUGCCUUUCACAAGUUCUCCCUGCUGGCUGACGAGGUGGACGUGCUCAGCAGGACGCUUCGGCAGCACCGGGCCGGCCCCUUGGAAGCCUGCUACGGGGAGCUGGACCAUCGCAGGAUGUUCUUCCGAGCCAGUGGCCCACACGAUACCUCGGGGACACCAGAGUUUCUCUCCUCCUCAUUUCCCUUUUCUCCUGUAGGUAAUCUGUGCAGACGAAGCAUUUUAGGGACACCAUUAAGCAAGUUUUUAAGUGGGGCCAAAAUAUGGUUAUCUACUGAGACGCUAGCAAAUGAAGACUAACACACAAUUUUCUGAACACUUUGAGGGAAGCUAUAAACUUUUUCCUCUGAAUUAAAAUGGCUAACCUAGGCAUUUGAAACUCUUAACAAUUUUAUACAUCAGAGUAACAGCUGAAAUUUGCACUACUAUUUAAAAACAUGUUGAAUUACAUUUCCUUCACAAUUUUUUUAAAAGAUAAGCAUAAAUUUUAUUUUUCAUGUCCUUUUGUCAUUUUAGGUCUGGCAUAUUUUUAGGUGAUUUGUAGACAGACAUUCCCCCACUCUUGUUACUGUGAUCAAACUAAUAAGAUUUUGUCUGUGACAUUAAUUUUGUCUGCAUUCAAUUUUCUUACCACCUAAACGUUUCCUGAUCCUCAGUCAGAUAGCAGCCCAAAGAAGCAGAUGUCAGGAAAGUUAAUAGAUUCGUGUUUGGUGUAUUUUUAAGAGGCAUCUGCGAAGCCCCCCAACAGGUGUUAGUUAGGCGUUCGUGCAUUUUCCUGGCCACUUUGUUCUGUCUAAUCUAACUCACUUGAGGAUUGACUCAGUGUCCCAAGGCCAUAAUUUAUUUUAGAUCACUUUGGGACCGAAGAGCACUGUGUUUUAAAAUCACACAUUUGCUUUUAACUUCAUAGGACUGACUUUAAAAUGAUGUGCACUGUUAACUUUAAAAGCAUUUGCUAUAGAUAAUAAACUUAGAAGUGCCUUUGAUAGUAAUAUUAAGGUAUGAAUAACAGUAAAUAUAAUUUCAGUUUUUAAAAUUAGGGUGUAAUAAUCUGACUGCAUGUUGGAAACAGACUUUUUAUACUAACCUUUGUACCAGUACCAAGAGUCCCCAAAACCACACUUCCAAUCUUCCAAAAGCCACUGAGGACACAGUGGGCUAUGGGGCAGUCGGUUGGUGUGACAGCAGGGGGGCAAGUACAGCCUGCACUGAAACUCACCCUCAGAAACAGAGGCCUCGCUCCGAGGCAUUCUGAGCUUUCCUGUGUUUCCGGGGUGCUGAGCUGUUGGCACUUUCCCUUGGAAAUAACAGAGCGUGAGUUAGGUCACCUGCACAGAAGUCCCUCCUCCCUCAGACAAGUUUUCAAUGCUUAGGAGUAGAGAACAGGAGAAUAAAAACACAGUUCUCUCAAAAUACUGCCAUUUUAAGCAGUGCUGAGAGAAGCUCCCCUCACCCCUUGACUUUUGAUAUUAAGAGGGAACUGAGAAGCAUACGGAGGUGUGUUCUGGGUCUAAAAUUCCCUUGUUUUCUAACUGUGACAAGAGCCCAGCCAAGUCUGCUGUGGGGCUCAGAGUUGAAGCUUGUGGUGGCGACGUGCAGCACUGUUCCCCUUACCCCAACCCCAUUCCACAUACGACCCAUUCCGUUUUAAAGAUGGUUGUUUUCAAAUUUGGCCAUUAGAGUUUCUUAAACUGCCAUCUUAAGCUUAAAAAAAUUUUUAUACUAAAAUGUCUAGCUUGUUUCUUUUCUAAAACAAGUUUUUUCAAAGCAGUGUGUUCUAACUUUGUAUGUAAUUAAUAGCUGUUUCUACUUGAAUUAUUUGCCUUUUUAAAGUUGUUUGAUAAUGUUUCAAACCUUUAAAGUGACAGAAGCUCUUACAAAAUGUCUUAGGAAAUUCUUGUGUAUAAAUCUAAUGUUUUUGCCAACUUGUUGCCUAGAAAAUAAGGGCUUUUUUUAAGUUUAUAUAAAUAGCAUUGUUGCCAUUAAACCUUUUAUAAUCCUUGAUUGGAAACUAGGCCUAAUCCCCUUAAAACACCACAGCAUAUCCUGCCAUUGAGAGUAUAAUAAUAAUAAUUCUCCCUUUUUCAUUAAGCUGCUUUUUUUAUUUCAAAUUCUAAAUUGGUUUGUUUUUUGGAUUGAGCAUUUCUCUUUAGUUUCUUCCUUCACACAUUUAUUUCAACUCCUUUAGUAGUUUUUUAUUAAUUUGCAAGUUUAAAAAAGAUUAGGUACUAUUAAUACUUUAUUGAAAUAGAAAAUGUGGAUAUUUUUGUAUGAUAAUGUAGUAAAAUAUGGUUUUUAGUUUUUGCUGGAUGGUUGUUAUAUGAUUAUUGUGACACAAGUGAUCGUGCAUAAUAUGAAAAACAACUUAACAGUCUUAAGUCCUGGACAUCAUAAAGCUGCCUGGUACGUCUGGUAGCAAAAAGGAUGUGUGGUGACAGAAGUCCCAAGUGUGGUUACAUACGCUGUUCCCAGAGAGCCUCCCACUCAGCGGGCCCACAGCCCUGCGAGCGAAGCCUGUGCUGAUGGAAUGCCAUGUGGUUAUCAGACAGCUUUGGACCUUCUAGGAUUGAACUUAAAGAUGUACAAUGUCUUACUCGUAUUUUAUGAUGGAAACCAAUGUUAAAACCAAAAAUGUCUAACUUUAUUUAAGUAUAUUAGUUUGUGCUAACAGAUGGUGAAAACGAUUCAACACAUCCUUCAACAAAAUCUCCUCUCUAUAUGGUAACCUCAAGUAGUUAAAACUUGAUUUUAAGAGAAAACUGAAACCUUUGUGCCUAAAAUCGAUUAUGACUUGAGUUAAAGUAGGAUGAACAAGAAGAGAUCUUGUUCAGCAGUAAUGAAUGUGAAGGAAAUUUUGACUGCUAAAUAAAAUUUCCACAGGAA